AUGGAGCUGCAUAUCCUAGAGCACCGGGGGCGGGUGCUGAGCAUCGCCCGUCCGGGUCUCCGGCUCUACCCCACCCACCCCCUCAUCAGGCUGCUCUUCCUGCCCCGCCGCAGCAGGUGCAAGUUCUUCAGCCUGACGGAGACCCCUGAGGAUUACACGCUGAUGGUGGACGAGGAGGGCUUUAAAGAGCUGCCCCCAUCUGAGUUCCUGCAAGUAGCUGAGGCCACGUGGCUGGUGCUGAACGUGUCGUCUCACAGCGGUGCAGCAGGGCAGGCUGCCGGGGUCACCAAGAUCGCCCUCUCGGUCAUCGAACCACUGGCGGAGCACCACGUGUCUGUGCUAAUGCUGUCCACUUACCAGACUGACUUCAUACUGGUGCGGGAGCGGGACCUGUCCGUGGUGAUCCACCCGCUAGCCCAGGAGUUUGACAUUUACCGGGAAGUGGGCGGAGAGCCCCUGCCUGUGGCCAGGGACCAGUCCAGCAACGACUUUCCCGGCACUCAGCAUGGACCCAGCCCCACGGUGCAUCCCAUCCAGAGCCCACAGAACCGCUUCUGUGUCCUCACACUGGACCCUGAGACGCUGCCAGCCAUCGUCACCACCCUCACAGAUGUCCUCUUCUAUUGGCACAGCACUCCCAAGGAGGCAGCCUCUAGCGGUCCUGAAUCCAGCUCCAUCAAGUUCUUUGCCUUCCCCCUCAUCGAGGGCUCUAUCUCCAUUGUCAUGGAUGCUGAGACACAGAAACAGUUCCCCAGUGACCUCCCGCUGACCAGCUCCUCAGGGGAGCUGUGGAAGACGGUGCUCAUCGGUGGACAGCCCCUGGGUUUGGAUGAAUGGGGCAUCGUGGCACAGAUCGCGGUUCCCCUGGCUGCUGCUGACAUCUCCGCCUACUACAUCAGCACCUUCAACUUCGACCAUGCCCUGGUGCCCGAGGAUGGUAUCAGCAGCGCCAUCGAGGUCCUCCAGCGGCGGCAGGAACGCCUGGCUCCCUGA